UUUGCUAACAUCACUGUCUGGUUUCGUAAAAAGAGUUUAGUUUGAUCGACGUUCUCUGCGUAAAUUGUUCAAGUUAUUCAAGUUGCGGAACAUAAUACACAAAAGGAAAUUGAAUUGUAAAAUAAUUGCGAAAAUGAGUUCUUGGAUACCAUUGCAGUCGAAUCCUGAGAUUCUCAGCGCAUACCUUCGAAAACUUGGUGUUCCGAGAGGCUGGAAUAUCGUCGAUGUUUUGGGACUGGAUGAAGAAUUGCUGAAUCAGGUGCCGAGACCGGUCGCGGCGUUAAUUCUUCUUUUCCCGUUGUCUGAAAAAUACGAGCAACAUCGAUCGGCUGAAGAUGAAAAAUUGAAGGCGAACACUCCUGUCUAUCCGAACGAUUUGUUUUACAUGAAGCAGACAAUUAACAAUGCUUGCGGUACUUGUGCAUUGAUUCAUGCAGUAUCCAACAACAAAGAGAUCGUUCUGAAGGACGGAAUUCUCAAGAAGUUUCUGAAUUCCGCUCGUGAUCUAACAGCCGAAGAGCGCGGCAAAUUGUUGGAAGUCAAUACGGAUUUUAUGCACACGAUGAACACACAUCCAUUGCCGGCAUCGGAAGAAUCAUCGGAAACCAGUUCGGACGGUGUCGAUCUUCAUUUUGUUGCGUUUAUCGAAAAGGAUGGCGAAUUGUACGAAUUGGAUGGAUUGAAAUCGUUUCCGAUUAAGCACGGCCCUACCACCAAGGAGAACUUUUUGAAGGAUGCAGCCAAAGUGUGCAAAGAGUUUAUGGCGCGGGACCCAAAUGAGUUACGUUUUACGGUGAGCGCAAUUACUUAUGCGAAAGUUGAGAAGAUGAAAGAGCAGUGCUCGAUUCUCAACUGAAUUGAUAUGAAAUGUGUGAGGGUUAAGUGAUUUUUCGUUGGUAUAUUGAACCAGCGCCUCAAAAGAGAGAAAAUUUAAAAUUGAUUUUUGUGAUCUUAUUACGGCAAGAGGAUGUUAACGCCUCAAGCUUUUACUUGAUAAAAUAAAGAGAUAAAUGAGAAAAA